GUUCGCUUGUGUUCCAGCGCAGGGGAGAGUGCGAAGAGUCGCAAUCUUGCUUCAGAGAAAGUCAAGGCACUCGGGCACCCUGGCCUGUCCGACACCUUUUGGACAUUUGCAAAGACUGUCCAGCUGCGCAAGGUCGAAAAAGUCCAGGAUGGUGAGGAACAGAACUUGAGGUACAACAACACCUUGUACAACAAGGCCUUACACCAGGCUGCCACAGCAGCUGUUGCAGUGCUGCGGGGUCCAUCCGGUCCCGUGGAGAAGGCUGCCCGGAGAUUGGAGCUGGAAUUUGGGCGGGGCAUCUUGAGCAGUCAGUACUCGAAGUUGAGCAAGCUGUUAUCGCUGACCAACAAGCUCGCAUCUGCUACCAGAAACGCUGUAGACCUGACGGCCUGGAUGAUCGACUCCUUGACGCUGGCCCUGCGCAUGAACAUGGUCACGCCAGCUAAAUGCACCGAGAAGUUUCUGGAUCGAGACCGGAAGACAGGCGAUGCUGGCUUUUGGUUGUCGCGCAUGCUGGUGGUGCAGGUCUUCGAUUAUGCAGCAAAGCUGGCGAACAAGUUGCCUGAGCCGGACAAGGUUAAGCUGACAGGGAUUUUGGCUGAACUCCGUUGCCCUUCCACAUGUUGGGAGAAAUAUCUCUGCCAUGCUGAUGCUGAUCAAGGGGCUGCUGGAGAGGACGACAUGGACGGCGAGGACCCAGAGGACGUGGAGCGCCCUGUUCCGCAGUCCAAGAUUGGAGCUGUUAAAGAGGGUUUCAACAAAGCCAUUGGCAUGCUUUUGGAUUUGCUGCUGGAGCUGAUGUCGGGGAAGUACUACAAGGAUUGCUGCAUGCUGGCUUCGAGUGAAGAUGGCCUUGCAAAGGCAUUGACAGCUGCACAGCUUGGAAGCUCGGAUGACACGGAGCACGAGGAGCCAUGUGCGCUUAUCACUCAGAUGAAGAUCAUUGUCGACAAGUUCGACAACAGCACGAAGUCCGUUGGUGCCACAUCUGCGGCUCCUGCUCCGAGUUUGCUCCAAAGCCUGGCCAAGGCUUCUGAAGCUGACACACCCGAGGAAUGUGUCGAGCGUGAGCGGCAGUGGAAGGCGGUGCAAACGGAACGCCGCAAGUUCGUGUCGUUCUCGGUACCGAACAAGAUCUCGAAGGACUGCCUAGUCAAUGCGUUCAGAGGUUGCGGCAAGGUCUUCACGCACAAGGGCACCUUAAACUCUUCGCACCGCCUGAUCGUUGCCAGUGCGGAUCUCUUGGCAGAGGCUGGUACCGACCCGUGGCUCAAGGGCACUCCGCCAAGCGAGGAAUGGAAAGAGAUCUGUGCCUUUGCCAAAGACAUUUCUGGGCCCGAGGAUUUCGUCGUACUCUUCGACGGCAGAAUGCGGGAAAUUCGCCGCGUGUCCGAGCUCAAAGGCUGCACCUGGUUCUUUAAGGAAGACCUCCUGCUGAACCAGCAGCACACCGAGGAGUGCACCAUCGUGUACUCAGGUGGGUGCCCGCCGAGAACUGGUCGCACUCGCCGCGUUCCGCUGGCUGCAAAGAAGGUGGAGACAGGAGCGGUUAAGUUCCCGGUCGCACGCACCAAGAUUCAGACGACGAAGAAAGGCUCCUUCACAGUCUGCGGCGAGGCUUCUACGUACCAAGGCACUUACUCAGGCGUGGAGUACCGUGCGGUUUCUGAAAUGCCCCUCGUGUCUGCAGACACCAAGAAGAAGAUCAUUGCUCCGGCAACAACCGGCGACCUCCCGACACCGCCAGAGGACUGGCAGGAUCGCCACGGCUCCGACGUACCCUUGUUCUGGAACGAGUCGAAGCCGAUAGCAUAUUGGAAUGCCAUCAUUGAGGAGUUUUGCGCGGAGGCAGUGUUUGACCUCACGGCUGGCACCGGUGCUCUGAUGGAGGCGGUUGCUGAUCGCGCAGCUUGCGGAAUGAUGGCUUUGGAGGGAUCCACUCUUUACUCGGACGAGAAUGCCAAGGCGGUGAAGAAGCAUUUCCCGCACGUUCUGGAGAGCUUGUCCAACCAAGACGACCAGGACGAGGCACCUGCUGAGCCAGAUAGUUCCCUGCUUGGGUUCGACAUGGGCUGCCGAUGGAGGCCUACCAGACGCCUCUGGGGCAAAACCAGUCUCAAGACGGCUUCUCGUCGGAUGCCCCGGGGGUGCCAGCAUGGUGGCAGCAAAUCGCAGAGCUUGCGGAAGCAGGCUGUGAAAGACGGCUUGGUCCCCAAGGCUCGAAGGGCCUUCGUCAUCUGGUUCCAGGAAAACUCCGAAGUCAAGAAAGGCGCUCCCAAGCACGAGUUUCUCAAUGAGAUGAAGCAUCUUGGCGCAGUCUGGCAGGGCAUGACCGACAAGCAGAAGGCACCAUUCAUGGCGAGGAGCAAAGAUGAGUUCAUGGCUCAGCGAAGUGCACUGGCCGUUCUUGGCAUCAGGAUGCGGGGCUCCACGACCAGUGCGGGCGGCCCCGACGAGGCGAAGGACCCCCCUGCCGCUGACGAAUCUGGCGGUCGCGUUGGCCCAUUUGAGCUUAAUGGUGCAAGGGCUCCAAUUGGAGGCGGAGCCUAUGGCAGUGUCUACAGUUGCCAGCAUCCGCAAAGCGGCCUUAACGUGGCGGUGAAGGUUUAUCGUGGCUCCGAUGGCCCCGCGGAUUGCAGGCACGAAGUGGAGCAGAUGAAGCUUCUAAUGAAGGCCGUUCCGCAGCAGAAGAUGAUGUGGUUCCCGCUUCUUGUCAGCUCGGGUGUCACGGGCAGACCUUGGCCAUGGAUGGCUACUAGCCUAUGUGGGCCCAGCCUGGCAACCGCACUUCGAAAUCCUGCGGCGCAUGGCAAGCCGAGGACGUGGUCUGUGGCAGCUCAGCUGAGAAGUGCACUGCAGACCUUGCAUGACGCAGGCAUCCUACACUUGGAUGUGAAACCUGGCAAUGUUCUUUGGUGCCCUUGCACAGAUCAGGUGCAGGUGUGCGACUUCGGCAUGAGUGAGAACAUGGCACGGCUCCAGAAGGCUUCUCAGGCUCCCAGGUUCCUGCAGUAUGUCACGGCUGCCUAUCGACCUCCGGAGCUGUGGCCCGCUCGUGUGAAUGGCGAUGGAGACUGCGGUGUCAGAAAGCAGCUGCUGACUGCAGCUGUGGAUAUGUGGGCCUAUGCUUGCGUGGUGUUUGAGGUGGAGACCGGGAAUCCCUUCAUGCCCAAGGGGGAGGCCGGACUGAGAGCGUGGUGCAAGCAGUGGCCCGAGCUGUGGAAAACACGCAGCGACUUAGCCAAUUGCCCCGCUGCAAGUCACACGUGCUGCACAAAGGUGCUUCGAGCCGGUAAAUGGGGGCUGUUUGUGUUGGUCGGCUGUGCUCCAGACCCCGGAAAGCGGCGGUGGCCGGAGCUCUGUCUGAAUCAGAAAUGA